GCACCCCUUGGUAAGGAAGAAAGGAGACAGACCUGAGGCCUCACUCUGCAGCUCUCGUGCAUCAAAACAGUUUGGACAUUCGCAUACUGAGAGAACUCCUGCAUCCCAGAAACACCAGAAGAUAAAAGGACRACAAAAUUAUCUUAUUUCAAGAAUCAAAGAAUGCUGCAUUUCUUAGACGUGUCUGCAGACAGUGAGGAUGAGGAGCCCAACAACUUCAAUGCUGCCAAAGAAAACCAUGCUCCRCGGAAUCACGUAAUUGUAAUCCCCCAGAAGUCUGAWGAUGACCGGCUUGAAGAUGAAAUACCCAAACUGUCCUACAGAAAUGGUGGGGAUCGAGGGCUGGCCUUGCAGGAGGACCGAGAGGAAGACAUCAGAGACGCAAAGCUGGAAAUGCUGAAGGAACUUUUUCCCCAAAGAAGCGACCGGGAAUUAUUAGAAUUGAUAGAGUCAGCCUACUCCAUGGAUGACCGAAGAUCUGCUGUUUYGAAGUCCAGCGGUGACGUCUCUCGUAAGAGGAAAUCAAAAUGUUUUCACACAAAUGGUGACGGCAAGGAUAAACAAGCUGCAAAAAAGCAAAAAGCUGCUGCUAAUGUUUCCACAUCCGCAGAGCUUGUAAAGAAGCUGAAGGAAAUUUUCCCUGAAUUGACCAAAGAGGAGCUGCGAAUUGUUCUGGAGGAGCACCACUGUGUGUUUCGUGAAGUUCUGGAGUCUCUCACAGAAGAACAAGUCUUCUCAGAAGAACAAGCGACUACCUCUCGCAAAAGGAAGCUGGAACUUUCUCCCACCUCUUCUGAUGACGAGGAUGAGCAGGUCCCAAAAAAGCGUAAAGCUACUUCAUGGGAUGCACCCAAAGCCCCCAGGGCAUGGCAGAAGAAAGAAAUUCUCGUGAAGAAGCUGAAGAAAGCUUUCCCUGAAUUGGCAAGGAAGGAGCUGAGAAGUGUGCUGCAGGAGCACAACUGGGACUUCCGUGAAGCUCUCGAGUCCCUCAGAGUAUUCUCAGAAGACCAAGACAGUACGGGACAUGCUUCCAGGAGUGAAGUUACCAAUAGGGAAGAAGUCUCUGGAGAGGCAAGAACUGAUGAUACUGAAGGGACACCGAAACAGGAGCCACCAGAGGAAGACCAACUGUUGCCUGUGGAGGAGCCACUGUCACCAGUUGAGAAGCGGGUGACAGGAGGGCCAGAGCAGUGGUCACCCAAAGAGACCAAUGGCCUUAGGAGAAAAGCUAAGGGGAAGAAAAGCACAUGCACUGGGAACCACYCAGUAGAGGACAACUCGGAUUCAGAGACAGACAACUCGCUGGACGAAGACUAUGAUAGCGAGAAUGAAACAAUGGAAGAAUUCUACCGAGUGCAGGUGCUGAGCUUCCUAGCAGAUGCGUCACCAGCUGAACUGAUGCUCAUUCCCCGCUGCUCUGAAAAGAAAGUGGAGAAGCUCUUGACACUAAGGCCCUUUACCACCUGGGACACCCUGCUAGCCAAAAUAAAUGAGACUUCUGGACUGUCAGAAGAAAUAAUAUGGAACUGUGAGACACUGCUMAGAGAGAGGGCUGUGGUCCUAAAAAUAAUGAAUAAGUGUGAAGACCUCUCCAAUAAACUCACCACGCAAGUAACUAACAUCACUGAGGACCGAGCGUGCGGAUGGAACAUCGAGCAGCCUUCCAUUUUGAACCAGAGUUUGAAGCUCAAAUCAUAUCAGAAGAUUGGAUUGAACUGGUUAGCCCUUCUGCAUCAACAUGGAUUGAAUGGCAUUUUGGCUGAUGAAAUGGGUUUAGGAAAAACCAUUCAAGCUAUUGCCUUUCUGGCUUAUCUCUACCAAGAGGGCAAUGAAGGUCCCCACGUGAUAGUUGUGCCAGCUUCAACACUAGAUAACUGGACCAGAGAAGUUCAUCUGUGGUGUCCUGAGCUGAGGGUCCUUUUGUAUUACGGAUCCCAAGAAGAGAGGAAGCGUCUCAGGUUGAGGAUUUAUAAUAAAAGUGAACAUUUCAAUGUGAUUAUAACAACGUAUAACUGUGCAAUCAGCAGUUCAGAUGAUCGACGACUGUUUCGCCGUCUGAAGCUGAACUAUGCCAUCUUUGACGAAGGCCACAUGCUGAAGAACAUGAAUGCCCUGCGCUACCAGCACCUGAUGACCAUUAAUGCCAAGAAUCGCUUGCUGCUAACAGGAACUCCUGUUCAAAAUAAUCUGUUGGAACUGAUGUCUCUUUUAAAUUUUGUCAUGCCACAUAUGUUCAGUAAUAGCAAGAACGAAAUCCAAAGGAUUUUCUCUUCAAAAGCAAAGACUGUUGAAGAACAAAGCCGGUAUGAACUGGAGAGGAUUGCCCAUGCCAAACAGAUAAUCAAGCCAUUCAUCUUGAGAAGAGUAAAAGAUGAGGUCCUUAAACAGYUGCCUCCGAAGAGAGAUGUCAUUGAACUAUGCGACAUGUCCGAGAAACAAGAACAGAUGUACUCUGACCUUGUCAACAAGCUGAAGAAAACUAUUAAUAGUAAUGAGAAGAAUUCUGACAUGGGAAAUGUGAUGAUGCAGCUCAGAAAGAUGGCUAAUCACCCUCUCCUGCACCGCCACUAUUACACGGAUGACAAGCUCAGGAGCAUGUCCACGCUCAUGCUCAAGGAAUCCACACAUCGUGAUGCCAACCCUGAGCUUAUCUUCGAGGACAUGACAGUAAUGACGGAUUUUGAGCUGCAUUUGCUUUGCAAGCAGUAUGCUCAUGUCAACAACUUUCAGUUAGAAAUKGAUCAAAUUUUGGAUUCUGGGAAAUUCAGAACUUUGGAGCGCAUUCUCUCAGAUCUUAAAAAGAAGGGUGACCGAGUUGUUUUGUUUAGCCAAUUUACGAUGAUGUUAGAUAUCCUAGAAGUUCUCUUAGGGCAUCUGCAGCUUAAAUACAUCAGGCUGGAUGGAAAAACGCAGAUAUCCGAGAGGAUACAUCUAAUAGACAAAUUCAAUACAGAUAUGGAAAUACUGGUAUUCCUAAUGUCAACCAAAGCCGGCGGCCUGGGGAUUAACUUGACCUCGGCCAAUGUCGUCAUUCUUCACGACAUCGAUUGUAAUCCGUACAACGACAAGCAGGCGGAAGAUCGCUGCCACAGAGUCGGACAGACAAGAGAAGUACAAGUCAUAAAACUUAUCAGUAAAGGCACUAUUGAGGAGUCAAUGCUCAAAGUCAGCCAGCAGAAAUUGAAGUUAGAAAAAGAUAUGACUGCAGCUGAUUCAGGAGAAGAAGGAGUCAUUCCUGCAGAUAUAGCCAGCUUACUAAAAACUUCACUAGGUCUAUAAAAUGUCAACAUAUAUGGACCCUAAGGAAAACGGCAAUGUCCUCCCCAAGAAUUCUUGCAUUACUGACCAUGAGGUUUAUGACAUUUCUACGUUUUUGUAUUUCUUUAUUGUAUUUUUCAUGGUAUUAAAAAAUUUUUAGCACUGAUGGCAUUCUUUUGAUGCUUAAAAAGAAAAAGAUAAAUGGCACAAACAUACUGAAUCAGAUGCCAAAUAAAUACU